GCUGCCGAUUUCACUUACGUUUCAGUCUUAAAGCGGUGCAGUCACCAGGAGCCAAAUCACAACCAGAUCCUGAACCAUCAGCACCAGUAACGUGUUGUUUCUCAAAAAAUAUUUGAGCUUUAGUUUGUCAUUUUAUUAGAAAGUGUUUGUGUCGUUUUGUGAAAAGGAAACAGGAGACAGCCGCACAAUGAUGACAAACAGAUGUGCUUGCUUCGCCUUGGCCUUCCUGCUCCUCUGCCUCUUGGCCAUCUCGAGCGUUGAGUCAGCUCCCAUGCCCAGGUACCAAUCCAAUGGCGGGGGCUAUGGCGGUGGCUACAACGAACUCGAGGAAGUGCCCGACGACCUCCUGAUGGAAUUGAUGACUCGCUUCGGACGCACCAUAAUAAGGGCUCGUAACGACUUGGAGAACUCAAAGCGAACUGUGGACUUUGGUCUGGCCCGGGGAUAUUCGGGUACCCAGGAGGCGAAACAUCGCAUGGGACUGGCUGCCGCCAACUUUCCCGGCGGACCCGGACGAAGGCGGCGAUCUGAGACCGACGUCUAAGUCGCAUACCAAUGGCUGAGGGUGUCCGAACAGCGAUUACUGCGGACGUAAUGGACGAGUUUCCACUUCUCGACUCACAAAUGACCCAUACUUGAUCUCUUUUAUGGAUCUAUCAUUUGCAUUAUGUUGGUUUGUUUGUUAUGCAUUGUACAUACGUAUAAAGAUAUAUAUUUAUUAUGGACCUGUCCUCAUCUACUACCGGAUACUAAAAUGAAUAUUUACCAGAUAUCAAAACUAUAUUUACCAUAAAGCUAAGGCCCAAAUAAAUAUGUUAAACUGUUGCUCCAAAGGAAAAUCUUUUAGAUACUUUUUGCACCUUUCCAUCACCGUUUAUGUCACUUUUUUAAAUUUGUCUUACUCUCCCACAAAAGAAAGGAAAUUAAGGCAAAAAAUUGCAAAAAAAAAGGGAAACAGCCUCAAUUUAAAUAAAUAUCUAAAAAAUAUUAAUAUAUUCAAGUGUAAGCAAAUUCGCGCAAAAAAUCUUUAACUAGGUAUGUCCAACAUAUAAACACAAAAACUUACAGAACACACACUGACAUUCACACCACUUUUGGCCCCCAAAUUAGCCAGAAAGAACCCAACGAAACUGAAAGUUAUUUUCGUCAAUAGCCAAAAUGCUCCUUCGCGAACGGAUUAGAUCGCUGCAAGCGACUUUUAUUGUAAAUAUAUGUUAACAAAACACACGUACAACUAAAGCGAUCAAAAUAUAUACAUAUACACAAAUAUACCUAAUGAAGUCUACUUGCAUAUAUAUUUACCAAUUGUUGUGUCUAUGGAAAAAGCUGCAUACAUUAACUUAUCGUGAUUCGGGGUACGAUCAAAUAAAGUCUACAUUUUGAGAAACUUCAA